AUGAGUGGAAGCACAGAAGACAAAAAACAGCUGGAAAAGCAAUUGAGAAGUGCGUGUGAGUAUGAUGAGAUUGAGAAGGUUCAGAAAUUGCUGCAUGAUGGUGUGGAUCCAAACUCGUCCGAUGAAAGAAGUGGAUAUUAUUUAUUUGAAAAGACUCCAUUAAUUAAAGCUGCACAAUGGGGAAAUUUGGCAAUAGUAAAAUUAUUGGUGGACGAAUUUGGAGCAACUAUAAAUCAUCAAUCUUUGAUUGGAACUGCACUUCAUUGGGCCACAUAUAAUGGCCAUUUUGAGGUAAUGAAAUUUUUACUUUCCAAAGGAGCAGACAAGACUUUAACAAACAAGGAUGGUCAAACUGCAGAAGAAAUUGCAAGAAAUAGAGGAAUCAAAGAAGAAAUAUUAAAUUAUUUGCGAGAUUAUUCACAAUAA